UCUGGCAACGCUCGCGAACGCUCAGUGUCAAAAUUUCGGCCGUUUCAAACGAAUAAUUUAUUUUUGGGCUUUGUUCUCACAUUUAGCACCGCAUUAUUCCCAAUAUUUUUUUCAAAGGUUUUGGGGUACAAAAUUCAUAGCUCAUUGCAAUGUUCCGAUUUGGCAAGCUCCGUCGCAGCCUGUCUAAGGUGACCAAAAAGGAACCGACAGCUGUGCAUAUUCAGCGCCGUUGCAUUCAGGCUAGGAGUUUCUUGCCGGGAUUGGCCACUAGGACAACUGGAACGCCCUCUGCGACGGCCCAGGUGACCGGUGGCAACAAGCAUCAGACCCAUGGUAAUACUGGUGACAGUGGCCACGAGGAACACAACAGCCGCUGGCAAAGGAAGAUCUUCAGUGGCAUCCAGCCAACGGGUUCCCUGCAUCUGGGUAACUAUCUCGGCGCCGUCCGCAAGUGGGUGCAGCUGCAGAAUGCCCGUGACGAUGUCACCGUCUGUAUUGUGGAUUUGCACUCUAUUACCAUGCCCCACAAUCCGCCGCUUCUGCGUGAGAACAUCUUUACCAUGGCCGCCACGCUGCUUGCCUGUGGAAUCGAUCCCACCAAGAGCACCCUCUUCGUCCAGUCCGCAGUUGCCGCGCACGCUGAGUUCAACUGGAUCCUUAGCUCCCUGACCACCAUGCCGCGAUUGGCUCAACUGCCGCAGUUCCGGGAGAAAUCCCGCCUUCUUAAGGAUGUUCCUCUGGGAUUAUACGUUUACCCGGUUCUUCAAGCAGCCGACAUCAUGCUCUACAAGGCCACACAUGUUCCUGUGGGCGCUGACCAGAUUCAGCACAUUCAACUGGCCCAGCACUUGGCCAAAACUUAUAACAGUCGCUAUGGUGAGACCUUCCCUGUAUGCACCGCAAUUAUUGAAGAUGGUGAUGCCUCCCGUGUGCUGUCCCUGCGAGAUCCCUCCAAAAAGAUGUCAAAAUCGGAGGCAAAUCCUAAAGCGACAAUCAACUUGUGUGACUCGCCCGACUUGAUAACGCAAAAGAUAAAGAAAGCCGUCACAGACUUUACAUCAGACAUUACCUAUAAUCCUGGCAAGCGAGCUGGCGUCAGCAAUCUGGUCAACAUCCAUGCCCAGGUCACGGGACAGCCGAUAAAGACAGUGGUGGACGAGGCCGCCACCCUGGACACGGCCAAGUAUAAGGACCGUGUGGCGGAGGCUGUGGUCGAACACUUGCGACCGAUUCGUGAACAGAUACAACAUCACAUGACCAGGCGCAACGAGAUGAUGUACUUGCUUGAAGUGGGGGCAGAAAAGGCACGUCAGCAGGCACAUCAAACCUUGAACGAUGUUAAACAACGCCUAGGGCUAGGCACCAGUGUCAACAUUCCGGCUGCGGUGCAUGUGGCUCCACUUUUGCCCGCACCCGAUAUAUCCAAAACCUCGGCAAGCAGGCGAAUGUCCAAGGAUUUCGACGGAAAUGUCCACGAGCGCCACGAGCGAAUGUACGGAUUCGGAGAUCAGCCAAGCGGAGGAGCUGGUCAGUCAGUCACCGGGGAGUUGGCGGAUAUGUCUCAGGCCGCUGUACCGCGGGUGGUCCGUCGGGCGCCCGUCGUUCCCACUCAGUCUCUGCGUGUGGAGAAACAACUAGGUAGCUCCCGAACUAGACACGUAUUUAAAAUGGACACCUGCAAUGCGCCGCAUAUUGGUUUCAAACCGCCGCCGGGAUUUUCGGCCGGCAUGGUAACAGGUGGUCUGGGAAAGAACCAGCGGCCGAUAGUUAAACCCGUAACUGGCGCUCUGGGAUUCGGCCAGCAAUCGCAGGGUGGCUCUUUUAAGCACAGCCAGAACGUGAAUCCCAGUGCGGUAUCCACCAUUGCACGUGAAGUAAACGCUGCCAAGAAGCAGGAGUUUACCUGCAAUCCCGCUUUGUACGGGUCUGCUCUAGAACAGCGUUCAAAUUCCAGUCACUUAAGCGAAAAAACUAACUCCACGGCAGGAGACAGUGAGUUCAUUAUUGUCGCGAACGAGGAGGAAGAGCAGUCCUCGUAUGAGGAGCAACGCGAAGAAGCUGAAGAGGAGGAGACUGCGGAACGCGAAAGGGAGAAUGGCGAGCGAAAUGCUGCUGCAGCUACCAAAGUCGAGAUUUAAGUCAGGGAAACAUUGCAAUUGUUAUAAGUGUAGUACAAGUAUACUUAGAUCCCAUUUCUGUUAAAUCUAUCGUUUUUAUAAAAAUCGCGGACAGCUUUCGCAGCAGAAAACUAGUCAAUAUUUAAAGUGCAGUUAUGUCAAGAUAAUAAUAUAGACGCAUCAAAAUCAAA